AUGAAAAAAAAUUCAGAGCCAAAUUCGUGAAUGUGUGGGGCUGCGAACGGGGAACCCUGAAUGGUCAAAAAUCAAUACUUGUAGCUGCACCAGGCAGACAGCAACAAGUUCUGCGCGCACGUUUUACUGUGAUUUCAUGCCAAACCCAAAGACAGGACGUUGGAGUACAUCUCGAGCCUUUGGAAAAGUUGACCAGUGUGUACAAAGCGACCAUGCUGUGCAUCCUUUGGCCUUUUCUCCUCCUGGGAGUGCUUUGCAGCAGCAGUCCAGCAAGCACUCUGGAGGUCACUAUCAACAACAGCCACUACUACGCUGCCAGGGGGUCAGAUGUCAAGCGUGCCUGCUCCUUCACUCACGACAUGACCACCAUGCAUUUCAUGGACAUCAAGUGGACUGUUGUGUUUGGGACAGAAGAUGAGAGGCACAUCCUCUGGUUGGUUGACGGGGUCUUCAUUUCUGAGACGUACAAACCACUGACGGGGAGAGUCCGCUUCACAUCAUCUGAUCCGACAAAUGGAGAUGCUUCCAUCAUCAUCAAAGAUGUUCGUCUCUCAGACUCCGGGUCGUACCGGUGCUUUGUGAAUAAGUUACCUGAAAAGGAUUUGAAGACCCUGGAGCUGACGGUCAUGGAACUCCCCAGUAAGCCUCAGUGCAGUGCAGACAGGGAAUUUGCGUGAAGCUCCAGCAUGACGCUGAAAUGCAAAUCCUCGCAAGGCAACCACCCUCUGACGUACACCUGGGCCAAGACCAGCGGAAACCAGGUCAUGCCAGCUAAUGCUGUCGUGGACCCCCUGGGAGGCACCUUGCAUGUGGACAACACCUCUGACUCUGACUGCGGGAGCUAUCGCUGCAUGGUAAAGAGCAUGGUGGACACCAACCACUGUGAUGUUGUCCUCAAGUGCCCGUCGCUGUACCAACAGCACACCGAAGAUGCCAGUCUCCAGCCACUGACAACCAGCGCAGUCGCCUCCAUUGCUAUCUUUGUCACCCUCACCAUGAUCAGCAUUGUUGCCGGUGCCGCUGUCUUCUACUGGCGCAGAAAAAAGACAUUUGUGGUCCGCAAUGACACACAGCGUGCGUAAUUGAAGCUUUCUGCCAGGGUUGGUUUAUUUUUGUUUUUGCAUUUUUCUUUUGCAUCUUUCUUCCUUCCAUUUUCAUGAGGUUAUCUUUGAAUUUUUGACUGCAGCAGCAUUUUAUUUGCAGUUGAAUUCUUUCAAUUGUGUAAUUUUGUAUACAUUAUUUAAAAAUGUGGAAAAAUUUUAUUUGCAGUUGAAUUCUUUCAAUUGUGUAAUUUUGUAAACAUUAUUUAAAAAUGUUGAAAUGUAAUUUUUCCACAUUUUAUUAAGCGUUGAUACAUUUGUAAAGAAAAGACAGAAAAUGGAAAGGAUCGGCAGUAUUUUUUUUAUGAAGGCUGAAAUAUUUAGAGAUUUUUGUCAGAAGAAUUUAUACUCAAUCAGAGCAACACAUGACUUCUGUUAUUCUGGUUGAACUAAAAGGUAAAAUGAAUCAAAGGGAAAACAAAUGAUUGUUACCAGUGAUUAAUAAAAAAUAAAAAAAUCACAAUUGAGA